UUGAAAGAUGGCGACAUGAAAGUAGCGUGUGUUUGGGCUUUCGAAAUUAAUUUAAGAAUUUGUUUUGAUUUUCGUUGGUUUAACUAUAUUGCUGAUAGUAUGUUGCCCCACAUCAGCAAAUCGGGUUUAUGACCUUUCUGCGAUUUUCGGAUUCUUUAUUCAUCCGGGAGCGCUCGAGGUACCUUCGUUUGUCGGUCGGAAAAAUAGUGGCAAAUGCUGAGUACUUGUGUUGGAAUUUGCAGUUAAAAUGCAAAACGCCAAAAGCUGUUUGUCUCUAAGGAGAAGAGAAUAAUUUAGUUGUCGAAGCUAAGGCAUGGUAAAGUGAAGGGACAUGAGCCAAAACAUUGCAGGGAUGGCACCCCUCGUCAGAUUUAAUCAGUGGACAAAUAUCUUUUAAAUUUGAGAUAAACUGUCAUUUGACCAUAGAAGUCACAAUCCUGUUGCAGUAUGGCACGGGGUAGAGCUCCAUACCAGUAUCCUGGGGUUGAGGCACCCCAUCGGGGCUUGGGUCCUAUGUACCCUGACAACAAAGGCAUUUGCAACCCAUUUGGAAAUAUGCCGAUGGGUGCUAUGAGCAUGGAUCUGAAGCCACCUUUAGGCGGGGGUCUAGGUGGUCCACUAGAACCGGCACCACCACCACCCACCACAGGCAAUGCUAAAAAGAAAAGGAGAACAUCCAGUGCAGCAAAUGCCCAAUCAGCACCUCAACCUCCGCCCCCUCAGGUCCAGGAUCUUCUUCCUCCCCCUCUCACUGGUUAUGGUGAUACUAUUAUUGCAUCAAACCCAUUUGAUGAUACACCCCCAUCAGGUAUGGGUAUGAUGCAUCAUAUGAAUCACCAUCCCCACCACCCGCAUCACAUGAAUGCCAUGAGCCCAAUGGGAAGUCCUAUGGGCAGUCCUGGCAUGGGUGGUCUCAACUCUGCUCCAAUGGGGGGCCCAGGCCCAAGUCGAAUGAUGGGCCCAGGACCUCGUAUGGGUGGUCCAGGUGGAAUGAUGGGCUCCCCUAACAUGCAAGGUCCCAUGGGUGGCCCUGGUAUGGGCCCUAUGGGUCCAAUGGGAAUGAAUAAUUCUCCUAUGAAUUCUGGACCUAUGAACUCACCUCUUGGGAACUCUGGCAUGAACACAAGCCCUUUAGGAAUGAAUUCUAUGGGUGGCCCACCUAUGAAUAGCUGCCCUCCAAUGGGUAGCCCAAUGGCUGGGAGUCCAAUGAGCAGUGGUGGCGGUGGUGUAAAUAGUGGCCCACUCAGUAGUCCAAUGAACAGCUGUCCCCCAAUGGGGAGCCCUGGUAUGGGAGCUCAAAUUGGUGGCCCAGGUGGAAGUCCCAUGAACAGGCACUUGACAAGUCCUAUGGCACACAUUAGCCCUAUGGGAAGUCAAGGGAUGAACAGUGGGCCUCCGAUCGGUAGUCCUUUGGGUCACAUGAACUCAGGACGAAUGGGAAGUCCUAUGAAUAACAUUAAUAAUGGUCCAAUGGGACCAGCCUCAGGUCCCUCCAUGGGAUCAGGCCCCCCCAUGGGUUCAAAUCCUUCCAUGAACAAUGGCCCCAGUAACAGCUGUGGCUCUGGCAUGAUGCAUCCUAUGGGUCAUCAUCAUGGUCCACCGCAUGGUCCUCCACAUGGUCCGCCCCACGGACCACCCCACGGACCGCCCCAUGGUCAAUCCCAUGGUCCACCCCACGGUCCACCCCAUGGUCCACCCCACGGGCCACCCCACGGUCCGCCUCAUGGUCCACCCCACGGGCCACCCCAUGGUCCGCCCCACGGUCCACCGCACGGUCCUCUACAUGGUGGUCCUGGACCUCAGGGUAUGCAGCAUAUGCAGCAUAUGAGUUCUAUGGGUGGCAACAUGGGCCACAUGCAUCCAAUGGGUAUGCCUCAUGGUUUCCCGGGUCCCAAGCCGAUGCCAGUGUCGGCUGGAAAGGUCUACCCUCCUGACCAACCUAUGGUGUUUAAUCCUCAAAACCCAAAUGCACCUCCUAUCUAUCCCUGCGGGAUUUGUCAUAAGGAGGUCCAUGAUAAUGACCAGGCCAUUUUGUGUGAAUCAGGCUGUAAUUUCUGGUUUCACCGGGUGUGUACGGGUAUUACUGAGGCUGCCUAUCAACUAUUAACAGCAGAAGUAUAUGCAGAGUGGGUCUGUGACAAGUGCUUACAAAACAAAACCAUACCAUUGGUUAAGUUUAAACCAUAGCCCUCAUUAGUAUUUAUCAAAAAGAGAAUACUGCUUUCUUGACUGCCUCAUAUUAUGUACAAUAUUUUAAGUAAAUGUAAUGAGAAAGAAAGAGAUUGCCCCUUGUGUGUCAUGGAUGAUGUUUGUGUUGUACAUUUCUGUUGAGUAUUGUUCUCUGGCAGAUUGAUUCUUUGAGACAAUGUUGAGAUGAGGUCAAGCAAUCAUUUUUGUUUUGAUGGUCUUUUUCUUCUUUUUUUAUUGGGAAGAUAGAUAGUAUCUUGCAGUGUUUUUUUUUGUUUUUUUUUUAGGAAUAUGUUAUGAGACAGAAGGACACUUUAGACCCCUGUCCCUCUCUCAGCUCCCUGUAUGUAUUUUCUUAUGGAAGUCAUAGCCCUCUGGUUCUGAUAGUGAUUUACUUCUGUACGUGGCUGGUAAAAGACCUUGCUCAGCUCCUGGCUCAACACUAUGCAUGCAUGUACAUUUGUAUUACUAAUUAAUUUUUUGUGAAGGAUCAAACUUUCAGUGACAAGACAAUUUUCUGAAUUGGCAAUAAUGGUGUGCUGUCAAGCCAUAACUUCUGUAUGUUUUGUGAGUUGCUACUGUCUUUUUUGCUCUCUUAUUUUUAAGUGUAGAAUUUUCAAUUGUUAUGUAAAUUGUGUCGAUUGACAAAGGUUGUGCCAGAAGGCAUGGCUUGACUUGCACACAUACUCUUAUGAUCAUGCUUAGAGCUGGUCAGUGUGAUAAAUGCCCUCCAGAUUGCUAAUGUCAAAGGUCGUGUUUCUGUGGUAGAGUUCUCAGGUUUUUCAGCCUGCUGAGAUUGUGUUGUGAUCUGAUGAAUCAUUAUGUAAAAUUGAGAUGCUCCGAGGUGGUGCCUUGUUUUGCUACUUAACCCACUCAUGUGAUUAUUUUAAUUUUUUUUUCUUUUUUAAAGUUUCCAUUUUAUCUAUAUCUUUCCUCAAAAACUUUUAGAACAAAUUUUAUGUCCCAAUGAAUUAUCUGAGUCUGAAGAUUUGCCAUGGCUGGACUACCAACCCCAUGAAUCUUAAUUUUUAUUAUUCUAUCUAAUAUUUUAAGCUUGUGUAAAGAAAAGUUGUGUUUGGAAUUGUUUGCUUCGAACUGAGCUGUUGUUGGCAAUGUCUUAAACACUUUUACAAAGUAUUAUUCAGUGCUCUGUAGUAAGUUAUAUCUUAAAGAUAAGUUAACAAUAUUCAGGUUAGCAUGUGGCACAUAAUAGUGAUUGUUUUUAGUUUUGUUUUUCUGUAUCCUUUGGCAUUGCCUGCCAACUCCUCUCUGGGAAAGGUAUCUAUUUAACAACUAAUACUGAAUUUAGUCUUGUGAAGGAAUGAAGUAUGACAUAACCCCAAGCAUUUAUUUUGGAUGUGUUAUUUAGCUUCCAGGCAAUCAGAGGUCUUUAACAUGACUAGUAUUAGCAACGAAAGCAAAUGUCUUAGGUGACUUCAAGCUUCAUUCAAUUUCAAGACUAAAUGCAGAAAAAUGAACAUCACUUUGGAUUCCCUCCUCCUCCUCCUCCUCUCCUCUCUCUUACUAUUUAUCUCUCUCCUUCUCUCCCUACCCUGUCCUCUCUGUUAUGAUGCAUUGGUUUACCUCUCAUUCCCUAAAAUAUUUAUUUUUAAAUAUCUCUGUGUUUGCUUUCAAGUAAUUGUAUUUAGGCCAAAUUUUGAGUGGAAAAAUGGAGAAGCGAUUCUUUACCUAAAAUAUUCUACUAGUACAUUAAUGAUGAUUUAUUUUCUUUAUGAUGAACUUGUUUUCAGUUCUCUUGCUUGUGCUCUAAACAUUUCAUCCUUAGCACAAAUCUGUCAAUUCUGUGCAUUCUAUUAGAUAUUGAACUGACUUAAAGCUUCUGGUGCUACAUGUUGAUUUUAGUGGAUGGAAUCACAUAAGUAACGAGACUGAUCACUCGUAGUGUAACUUAUGCCCCAUUGAUUUAUUUUUAUCUUGAUUUUUAUGACUAUAUUUCAACUUGACUUAUCUAGGUAAUCUUUUAAUGAUGUUUGUGGCAAAAAAGUGCUGGACACUUGUAUCUGUAACAUCAAGUCUGUGGGUGUCCACUGUCCAGGUUGUGUUCUUUCAUUUACAUAGGAUGAGAGAGCCACAAAUCACUUACAAACUACUUUUUCUUGAAGUAACCCUACCAAUUAGUUGCAGAGUACAUUGAAAUGAAAGCCACAUCACAUACUUACACCUUGAUUUCUUUUUGCCCUCUUCUAUUGUUUUUAUUGUCUCAUCUCCAGAUCAUGGUAAUCAUUUUACGUGACUUCAGUACAAAUGCAUUUCCGUAAUAGUGUUCUUGAAGAGACUGUUUAAUGGCAGCUGAGUAUUGUGUUCAAUUGUACCGGUGCAAGAAUCUUUUGCUGUUAUCCCAGUGAAGCUUUUACUUGCUUACAGUAAUAUCUUUUGUUGUGAAUUUAACUUCAGAAAUCAUUAUUCUUAAUGUUGUUACUUGAUGUCUAAGGUAUUACAAUGAAUUAUUUGAGCUCUCAUGCCUGUGACAUUUUGGUUUUGAGUUGAUUUAAAAGCAUCUAGUACGAUGUUUAUUGUGUACAUAAAACCCUACAUGACGUGAAUUUUGUAAAUGUUCUCCAUUUCUGGAAUUAUGCAGACUGCCCCAACCACCAGCUGAAAACAUUGAGAGAACACAAUUUUGCAGUGAUCAGAGUUUGGUGGUGAUGUAUUAUAAAACUUAAGAUUACUUAUUAACAUCACGUGGUUUUUUUUUUUAAAAAAUAAAAUAAAAAAUAAACCUAAUUUUGUGCAUAGUUUAUUUUUUAUCAUGUGAAUAAAAUAUAUCAGCAAUAAACGUUGUUAUACAUUUCA